AUGAGUAGUCGCAGUGGGAAACUUGCCCCUGAAGUCAAUCGAGCUCUGUUCGUCAAGAACUUGAGCUACAACGUGACGCCGGAAGAGCUUUUCGCUCUUUUUGGAAAGUUCGGACCUAUUCGACAGGUUCGACAGGGCAUCGCCCCCGGAACCAAGGGAACGGCUUUUGUGGUCUAUGAGGAUGUCAUUGAUGCCAAGCAAGCCUGCGACAAGCUCAACGGCUUCAACUUUCAGAACCGCUAUCUAGUUGUACUAUACCACCAGCCCGACAAGAUGGCCAAGUCAAAAGAGGACCUGGAAGCACGCCGCCAAUCAUUAGCGAGGCUCAAGCAGCAGCAUGGCCGGUCUCCCCCGUCUCCCAAGACACCCGCCAAGACAACUUCGUCGAAUCUCAAAACCAUUCCGCGAAGCGCGUCCCCGGCGACGAAGCCAACCCAACCCGAGUCCGUCAGUCCCCGCACUGUUCGCUUCGUUGAGAGCAUGCGCGCCCCCGUUGCGGUUCAUGCGGGAAUGUAA